AUGCGAGCUGAACUAAUGUGCUUCCUUUUGUCAAAGGUGGUGGACGACUCCCGUCAAACCAACCCCCCCGUCAUGCCGCGGCCGUCCAGCACCUUCAGUGGCUCCAGUCGAAGUCAGUACCACGAUGUGGUGCCUGUGGCCUACAACGACAAGAUUGUGGCGUUUCUACGGCAACCCAACAUUGUUGAGAUUCUGCAGGAAAGGCAACCCGAGCUGGCCAGGAAUAACUCGCUCAAGGAGAAGGUGCAGUUUAUUCGCAGUGAGGGGGUGACAGGGCUGGCUCGUCUCUCCAGCGAUGCUGACCUGGUCAUGCUGCUCAGCUUAUUUGAGGAGGAGGUGAUGUCAUACAUUCCUCCGCUGCUUCACCAGAGUUACUGCCUCUCGUCUCCUCAGAGCUCCCCCG